AUUAAAUAAAUGAAGUGCCAGAAAUUAAGCCCAAACCCCAACAAAUGCUUCUCUUCCCUUUUUAUCCCCAAUUUGGCUACAAAAUGUUCCCCCAAUGGUAUUCCCACUCUCCUGCCCCUUUCUACUUUUAGUUUUCCUCCUCCUUCAAGCUAAAGCAAAUUUUCAGGAAAUCCAGAGGAAAAAAACACCCAAUCUUGUUUCCUCUUGUUAGAUUUCUGGGUCUUUAUUAAUCAAAGCACAGAGAGAGAAAUGGAUUCUGGGAAAAUCCCACCAGGAUUAACCCCAGAAGAAUACUCUGUUUUGGAACCCAUUAUCAGAACUUACCACACUUUUGAUCCCACCCCAAACACCUGCACUUCUCUCAUCACCCAGCGCAUUGAUGCUCCGGCGAGUUCCGUUUGGCCAUUCGUCCGGCGUUUCGACAACCCACAGAGAUACAAGCACUUCAUCAAGAGCUGCCGGAUGACAGGGGACGGCGGCGUCGGCAGCAUCCGGGAAGUCACGGUGGUUUCCGGCCUGCCGGCGUCCACCAGUACGGAGAGGCUGGAGAUUCUGGACGACGAGAAGCAUAUAUUGAGUUUUCGGGUCGUGGGCGGGGAGCACCGGCUGAACAAUUACCGAUCUGUGACUUCGGUGAACGAGUUCAGAAGGGACGGCGGCGAAGGCAGAGUUUACACCAUAGUUUUGGAAUCGUAUAUUGUGGAUAUCCCGGAAGGGAAUACGGCUGAAGAUACGAAGAUGUUUACUGACACUGUUGUGAAGCUGAAUCUUCAAAAGCUUGGAGUUGUGGCAAUGGCUUCUCUGCAUGGACAUGAUUAAAAAUCAAAUUUAACGGCGACCGUCGCCGCCGUGAGACUCGCCGGAGUAUGAAGAAUGAUAAUAAUAUAAUAAUAUUAUUAAGACCCAUCAUCAUUAUGGGGGCGGUGGUGAAUGGUGAUCAUCAUCAUUUCCUUGCAGAUGUUUUUGCUGACUUUGCUGUCGUUGCAGUUUCUGAAAAGACGAGGAAAAACAAAAAAAAAAAAAAAAAAUUCUAUUUUGAAUUAUUAUCAUUAUUAUUAUUAAUUUUUCUUUGGUGGUUUCGUAUUUUUGCAACUUGCAGCUUGCAAGUUGUAAUUUUAUUAGUUUUUUCUUUUUCUUUUUCCCCAGUUUUCUGGUGAGCUCUGCCUAUAGGAAUUUUUUUGUUUUUGUAAGUUAGUUUUUGCAGGCUGAAUGUGAUGAAAUCAGGCCUGGUUUUUUGGGUAAUCACCAGAGACGCUUAUUAAAAAUUUGCAUGUAAGCCCAAAAAUGAAAUUCAAGAAGUUUGAUGCAUUUUUCUAUCCGGAAAUAAAGUUUUUUAAUUGGUUUAUAAAAAAAACCAAUUGGCUGCGUUGGGAAUCUCAUCAACUUUUUUUUGUAUCUUUAGUUUAUGCAUUGUCAUUAUAUUUGUCUGCAAUGCUUCCACUCUGUUGCAGAAUUUCCUUAGGAUUGAAGUAAGCUG